GCGAUACUUUUUGAUGUGGUCAGAAACUUUCAGUGUCACGAUGCAAACUGUUUUUUGCGCUGCUUCCUUGUAGUAGAGUUCGGGCGCGCUACAAUUAAGGUUGAAUGAAAAACGCGUCGCGUAACAAAGAACGUAUAGACAAAGCAUCGUAUACAAAAGGCUUAACAAGCAAGUCCCCUCUUCUCGAUAUGAAAUGCCAUCAUGUCCUCACAAUGGAAAAAGGAAAUUGCAAAAAGGCGAGCGAAACUUUUGGAACUACAGGAAAGACGCGAGCAGCGUCGUAAGGGACGCGUUUCAGAACUCUCCGUCCACUGUCCGAGACAAGAUGAGAAGUUUGUAGACGUGGAUUCCAUUUUGUCGGAACUACUAGGACCAAACGAAAACCUGCUGCUGACAAGCAGUAAAACAGCCGAAGUAGGGACUGAGUCAAUUGCUUUUAAGCAACGAGAACAGCAACACGGUCGACCGACGUUAGCACAAACCGAAAUUUUGUCCUUGAUCCAGCAACCAAAUAUUACACUUCCUAAACGGCAACAGUACAACAAGUCUGUGCAGGUUGACACAGUACAGCAAACAGAUGAGGAAGAAACCGAUCCAAACGACAUCGCCAACAAAACACCACUAUCAGAACAGGAAAGAUUGCCCCAGCAAGAGCAAAAAGACCUACCUCCUGCCUAUGAGCCUCCAACGACUAAUAAGCAGUUACGUUUUGCAGAAGAGAGCGAACUUGAGGAAAAACAGCUGCAUAUCAACACAUUCCUUCGAACUGCAAAAAAAAGAGCAUGCAGAGCUUUGAUGCAAAAUGUCGCAAAUAUCUUUGCAGAGUUCAACAUUGACGACGAAGGCGACGAAGGAAUCGAGGUGGACCAGGGAAUGGGCCUCACUUGCACCACAGAGUUCACGAACGAAAAGAUUGUACAAAACAGAGCCGUGAACGGAGUUGCGUAUUCUCUAAAACACGACGGCUCUAUUCUGGCAGCGUACACAAGUGAUACGAGUUUCUCAGCUAUCAACGGGCUCGUGGCAGCAUGGAAUCCGCACUUACUGCAAGCACCCGAAUAUACAUUACAGUGUGAAAGCGAAGUCAUAACCAUCGCUGCAUCUCCCGCGCAUGCACAUAUUGUGUGUGGAGGAGCCAACAAUGGCCAGCUUUAUAUAUGGGAUAUUCGCCAAGGACCGUUACCCGUCUUGUCUUCUUCGUUACUCUUUGGAGGACACUCCAUGCCCGUCUGUGGUCUUCAAUAUAGCAGUUCGCAAGCAGGCAGCAGCAUCAUCAGCUGCAGCACAGAUGGAACAGUUAAAAGCUGGGAAUCAACCAUGCUCACGCGUCCCGCAGGAGAAAUCACACUUGUUCACACCGAACAAGCCUCCAACUAUCAGGAACCCUAUGCAUCGACGAAUGCAACACAGUCGACGCUAUCACCCUCCAGUAUGGCGCUCUGUAAAUCAAAUAAAGGCUAUAUCACCGUGGGCCUGGAAAAUGGAUGCAUGUGCACAACUAGCUUGCUAGACGUUGUUACACAAACAGACACACAGAAACAUUUAGACCCGACACCAGCACAUAGCUGUUUCGUCACUGGUGUCGACAUUUCUAGCCACUUUGAUCCAGAUGCACCUUCCAUGGAAUCAGACUACGUCCUAACAAGUGGACUUGAUGCAGUCGUAAGGCUGUGGUCACUUCGUGAGGAAGCAGAAGAUUCAGAAACGACAAGCGUUCCGUCUGAAGAAUCAACACCGCUUAGCAUAAGUUCAAAGCUUCUCCAUGAAUUUCCUCACGAAGACAUAGUGUUUGAUGUAAAGUGGAACCCUAUAGACACGGAUAUUUGGGCGAGUGUGGAUGGAAACGGUUGUAUUCGAACAUGGAGCAUUGCUAACGAAACGAAGCCGAUGCUUGCAAAGGCGACAACCCGUGAAGAGAGCGCAUUAAAUCGACUAGCAUGGGAACCGCGUUACGGAAAUCAUAUAGCUUGUGGAGGCCUUUCCGGAAAAGUGCAUGUAUACCAAAAGCUCUCCGGAUAGCAUUCUCGGAAGGAAUAGCAUCCUGUAAGGUUGUUCAGAGAACGAACCCCAGAAUAACGGCAUCGCGUACCUUCCUAACCUUCUCGUUCUAGGCGUACAUAGCAAGGCCUAUUUUUUUGGGUAAACAUCAUACUACCUCUAAUCGUGAAAACAUUCAUAAGAUGGCUUCUAAAAAGCAGUUCUGUGUUACAAAGGAGUAUCCGCACAUACGGCUUAAUCCUUCUCAGCAAUGCUUUGCAGUCUGGCACCAAUUUCCUCCUCAUCCAACAUACGAAAAGGCUUGUCGCCUUCAACAAUGCCAACUUGGAGUUCACUGGCUUUGAAAUCUGUGCUGAGACUACUCAUCAAGGCUUGAAUACAUGUCUCCACUGUCUCGUCAACAUUUUUAGGCUCGCCAAAGCGCUUUAAUUGCUUUUCCAACCAGUUCAUUGUUUCCGUUUGCUUAGGACCAGCACUGGUAGCCUUGUAACCAAUAAAGAAUCCUGCGGGAUCCAACUUGUACAAAAGAGGUCCCUUUUCCUCGUCCACAGAUACAAUAGUCAUAGCAACUCCCAAGGGUCUCAUGGCAGCUCUUUGCGUAUGAACCUGAUUGAUGUUGGCCAUUCUCUUGGCUAAAACAUCACAAGGCAUAGGAUAACCGUACUUAUAUUCAAAUUCAGCUGCUUCAGCACGGGCACGAAUUACCUGGGCACGAGCAUCUGCAAUUGAACCGGUCAUAACGCAUCCAAUCGAGUCGCUAAUGCGAAAAACAUGGUUUACUGUGCUGGCAUCAACCAACUUAUCGGGAAUUUUCUUCUGUGUAACUACACAUGCACAAUUUUUGCCGGUCGCACUAGCAGACGUAAUUCCAGCGUUAUUGAAAGCUUUAAAAGCGUACUCUACUUGGUAUAAACGACCUUCUGGCGAGAAUACAGUGAUCGUUCUGUCAAAUCCUCUUGCUUGAGACAUGUUUUCCGGGCGUUUGUUGUUGGUUCUUGGCAGGUGCGAGCUGCGUGUGCUCGCGCGUACUCCCAUCUCUCUAGAUUUGGUGGUCCGCGGUGACACCGGGACUGCCGCGGAACAAGAAUUAAAUGCAAAACACGACGCGUGAAUUUAAACUUUCACGAUUGGACGUAGAGAGUUACGAUUUCUGCUGUUUUGCAAAAAUACUCCGUUUUAAGCUCGCGCAAAUCAUUAGAAAAGAACGUCUAUGAAUUUCUGAAGCUUUCGUA